UACGCUCAUCGCCGCAUCCGACGGAUUCAAUUCGAUUUCAGACUUCAGAGCGUUCGGACGUGUUCGGAAAAACCUGAAGCCACCCCGGAGUGUCUUGACAGCAAGCCCAGUGGAAAGCAGUCAGUCAACUGUUGUCACUGAUCGAGAGCGUUUCGUUUCGUUUCGUCGAGUGAAAAGUGAAAACCAAGCCCAAAACAAACGCCGUUUGGCCAAAAUAACAAAAGUGAUUCAGAGCAAGAUUCUAGAUUCAGAAAUCUGCUCCAAACUAAAAGUGUGAACUCAACCUUUUGGAUUACAUUUCCCGUCGCAUUUUGUGGAUUACCUUCUUCGUCGGCGUCGAAGCGGAGCUACUAACUAGCUCCUAGCUUUGUCCCGCAGCUUCUGUGGAUUACCCCGAUUGCGAUCCCAAUUCAACUCCAAGCAGCUACCAUGGUUGUUCUGGAAGGCGGCGGCGGCGUUGUUACCAUCGGUAACAACCAGUACCUUCAACCGGAUUAUCUGGCUCCAUUGCCAACAACGAUGGACGCCAAAAAGAGUCCUCUGGCUCUCCUCGCACAGACCUGCUCCCAAAUCGGAGCUGAUUCGUCGGCAGUUAAGCCCCUGAUGGCCAUGGACAAGAACAAGACAAAGCCCGGCGCCUGCUCCUCGUCGUCGAACUCGUCGAGCUCCUCGAGCAGCGCCGAGAUCUCAGCGGCCAAGUCGCCCUCCGGCCAGGCCAAGUCGCCCAAGUCGAGCACCCCGAUCAGCGCCACAGUCACCGGAAACAGCUCCAUUGGCAGCAACCCCAGCACCACCACAACCAACGAAAUCAAGCUGGCCUUCAAGCCCUACGAGACGAAUGUGCUGAGCCACCAGAACCAGAACUCUUUCAAGAGCAGCUCGUCCUUGGACGCGGAGCCGACCCGCCCCAGCUCCAAGAGCUCUUCGUCCGCCCAGGAGCGAGUGCCAUCCCGCAGCAAGUCCAACGCCACGCCCACGGAGGGCGGCAAGGCGGAGGCACUGGGCCACGACUCGGCCAGCCGAAAGACUGUCUCCCCGUCGGGGUCUUCGCAGCGCGGCGCCAGCCCCAUUGUGCGCUCGGGCAUGGAGGUGCUGAACAACGCCAACGGCACCGCCCAGCACCCCAAGGAGAUGAGCAGCAUGGCGGCGGCUGCUGCUGCGGCUGCGGCCGCCUACAAGGCUGCCGGUCCCUACGGCCUGAAUCCCCUCUCCGCCCUGUGCUGCCCGCCCGGCAUGGAGCAGCACGCGAAUCCAGCCUUCCGGCCGCCCUUCGCCGGAGGAUUCUCCCACCACCACGCCGCCAUGCUGGCAGCUGCAGCCAACGGAGGCUAUCCCGGAGGAGCCCCGGGCGGAGGCCCAGCUGGCCAGCCCAACCCGUACAUAAGCUACCAGAGGAUUAAGACCCCGGCCGGCGGAGAGGCCAUCGUCCCGGUCUGCAAGGAUCCCUACUGCCCCGGCUGCCCCUACUCGGCUCACACGCAACAGAUGCUGAUGGGCGCCCCCUGCCCCGCCGGCUGCACCCAGUGCGAGCACCAGAAGUACGGCCUGGCGAUGGCCAGUGCCGCCGGACUUCCGCCAGCACACCCCUAUUCGCAGGCUGCGGCGGCUGCAGCUGCCAACGCAGCGGCCGCCCGCUCGGCCCCCUACGUCUGCAGCUGGGUGGUGGGCGACGCCUACUGCGGCAAGCGGUUCCAGACCUCCGACGAGCUCUUCACCCACCUGCGCACCCACACUGGAAAUCUGUCGGACCCAGCCGCCGCGGCCGCCGCUCUUGCGCAGUCGCAGGCCCAGUCGUUGCUGGGAACCCUAUUCCCCCCGUCCGCCCUGCGGGCCGGCUAUCCCACGCCCCCCCUGAGCCCCAUGUCGGCAGCGGCGGCGGCUGCCCGCUACCACCCGUACGCCAAGCCACCGCCAGGCGCUCUGGCCGGAGGCCCCUCGCCGUUCGGUGCCGCCGGAGCCUUCAACCCGGCUGCGGCGGCGGCAGCGGCCGCUCUAGGGCCCUACUACUCGCCGUACGCCAUGUACGGGCAGCGGAUGGGAGCCGCGCACCAGUAAGGGAGCUCGCCAGGAGACAUACCAAAAAGGACUAGAAUCGCAGAACCAGAUCGCACCUCCGCAGAAUAGAGGACUGUGAGGAGGAUUACGCAAAGAGCCCAAUACUUUACUUAAAAGCAGACACGAGUUUGAGAUAAUUUCAAAGAAAACAAAAGAUUGCAAAGGCUGACAUCUCUGGCUUUUGUGCUAUUCUGUGAUACUAAACUGUAGUUUAAAGAGCGCUAGUUACACUUAAGUUUGACAACCGAUAAUAUUCAACCACCUAUAGUAGCAACCGCAAAUAGCAGACACUUCUCUCACCACUAAAUGUCUACGGUAAUCAAUCAGAAGGAUGACUGCAUCCUGCAAGAGGAAGUCGCUCAUAAUUUGUUCUCAAAGUUCAACCAAAGUUUUAAAGUCUUAGCCCAAGCACAUUCUAUGACUUCCAAUUUCUGUUAACGAACACCCAUUGCUGAGAUGUUUAAACCUUGUUUUAGUUUAUUUCGCCUCGACCUAAGUUCUACAAACGAUUAUUAGUCUUACCUACACGCAUAGAUCCACAAUUGAAGUAAUGUUCUUAAGUCAUCUUAUAUGUAAGCAUAACGUAUAUGUAAUACCAACCAAUCGCAAAAAGCAAGAAAAACAAGAAAAAAAUCAACAGAAAAUAAAAUGAAUAUUUCAUAUAAUUAUGUAUUGUGUGUAAUUCUUUAAACAUAAAAUAGAUUCGCUAUUUACUCCUUGAUGUACGCAAAGCCACAACAUGAUCUACACGACAAGCCACAGAAUAUCAAACAGAAACAAGUAUGAAACUGAGAAAUAUACGAGAAAAACAUUCUGAAAAUAUAA